AUGUCGAAUUCUGAUGUCGACAGAAUGAUGGUCCCAAAUGGGUUCCCAAUGUUUUUGAAGAAUCCUACAACUAUGAUUCCAAACUUUCACACUAUUCCAUUUUUUGGUAUAAAUCCUUUAAUUCAUCUGGUGAAUCAGAUGAUACUGGCAAAAAAGGGUCAAUUCGUUCCAAUGAAGCAACAUUCACUCUUAUCUCUUCCUCAUCCCCAACAAAUACUGGCGUGUGCAAAUGACCCUGGAGUGCUCUUGAACACAUUUCAGUUGCCCACCGGAUGCUUCACAACACUCCUAUGUUUCAAACCCGGAGGAUUCAAAGCAGGAACUAAUCUAGAGCUGCCUGAUGCAUGGUGGCGUUUUGCCAAGGAAAGUAGUCAUUCGGCGAAUAUUGUACAUUCAAAAGUUGUUGCUGACAUUGAGUGUGGCGCCGAGAUUGUAAUCUGCAGAACACCACCAGAAGACAGAAAAUCAGAAGUUGAAGAGCCUCCAACGCCCGAUGACGUGGCAGCGGAAGACGCACCCCUCCCCCCGUCAAGUACCCAUAAUACAACACCGUGCCAUUCACACUUUACAGGUCUUUCGAGAAACGCGAUCGACUACGCAUUCAUAUUCUUCAUGUCCACGAAAACCACCGACCUCAUGUUUGCUCCGUUUGUCAAAAAUCGUUUAGCCAGUCAAGCAGCCUCAACAAGUGUGCUCAUUGUGGAAAAGCCUUCGCUUCUCAUGCUGCCCAUGAUAGUCACGUCCGACGAUCCCAUCUUGCUGUCCUCUGAUCAUUAA